AUGGAGGGCGAAUGGCAGCCGGCUAUGGUCCCGGUGAUUGAUGCGACAGUAGUAUUCGAGGACCCAGACAGAAAUGACGUUGGGCUGGGGGUUAGUCGAGGGAAUGCCCUGGCCCACAAUGGAGGUAGUGGGGAUGUUGGACGGACUGUGGAACGUGGUGGAAGUCCCGGACCUGGGCAGCGUGACUGUGACAAAGAGGGCGAGGUCAGUGACUCUCAAUGCCUAGAGGACCAGAUGUUGGAAAAUAAACUGACCUGGGAGCUGGCAAAGGAAUCAGGUGCUGUGUUAUACAAUGAGGAAGAUGACAUAAUGGCAAUUUUUCAGGCACAGAAUGAAGAAAUAGCACUGAGGAGGAAAUUGGCGAAACAAAAGGCGAAGAUGAGGCGUUACAGACCCAAAACUAAAAACAGGGGGUUAUGGGGUGACGGAAAGAUGAGAAUAGUGAAGGAUUUAAAAAACAAACAUAAUUUGAGUAUGGCAUGUCCCGUUCCACACACAUCCUCCAUCACUCCCACCCCUUCUUCACCUCUGCCGCAACCUCUGCCGCCAUCACUGUUGCCGCCUCUCCUGCACCCACCACUCUCACGUCCUUCACCGUCACGCCCAAAAUUGGCACUCAGGACCUUCACGAGGAUCGAAUCUUUUGGGAUUCAACCCUCCACGAAGGCCCUGAAUGCCACGCUUAAUGCCCUGGUUCAGUGCAAGCGCUAUGAUUUAGCACAUUUUGUUUUUAAGAAUUGUAUGGCCAAAUUUAGGGUUGUGCCCAAUGUGGUUAGUUGCAAUAUUUUACGGAAGGCUCUUUGUAAAGGGAACAAUAUAGAUGCAGCGGUUAGGGUUUUGGAUGAGAUGCCUGCAAUAGGUGUGGUGCCCAAUGUGGUGAGUUACACUACUGUUUUAGGUGGGUAUGCUUUGAGGGGUGACAUGAGGGGUGCAAAGAGGGUUUUUAUGGAGAUUUUGGGGAAAGGGUGGUUACCUAAUGCAACUACUUACACUGUCUUGGUGAGUGGGUUUUGUAGGCAAGGGAUGUUUGUUGAUGCAAUUAAGGUGAUGGAUGAGAUGGAGGAGAAUGGGCUUGAGCCUAAUGAGGUUACUUAUAGUGUUAUGAUUGUGGCGUAUUGUAAGGGAAAGAAGUCCGGGGAGGCACUUAAUGUGCUCGACGAUAUGCUUGGGAAGAAUCAUGUGCCGAGUUCGGCACUGUGUUGUAGGGUUGUUGAUAUGUUGUGCAAGGAAGGGAAUGUUGAGAACGCUUGUGAGGUUUGGAGGAAGCUCUUGAGGAUGAAUUGCAGCCGCGAUGAUGCUGUCACGGGUACUCUUGUUCAUUGGCUGUGUAAGAAGGGGAAGGUGAUUGAGGCAAGGAAGGCGCUUGAUGAAUUUGGGGGUGGUGCGGUUCCAAGUCUAUUGACAUAUAACACAUUGAUUGUCGGAAUCUGCGAGAAAGGGGAGCUCUGUGAGGCUGCUAGGUUGUGGGAUGAUAUGGUGGAGAAGGGUCGCGUACCUAAUGCAUUUACUUAUAAUAUGUUGAUUGAAGGAUUUUGUAAGGUUGGUAACGUGAAGGAGGGAAUAAGGAUUAUAUAAGAGAUGUUUGAAAGUGGAUGUUUGCCUGAUAAAUCAACAUACACGAUAUUGAUUGAUGGGCUUUCUUGUGCAAGAGGGAUGGUGGAAGAAAUUAACAAGGUUGUUGCAUUGGCUGUAUCCGCUGGAGUUGAUGAUGACAUGUGGGAUAUCUUCCUGAAAUCUGUUGCAAAUAAUUUAAAUUUGAAUGCAGCUGAAUUUGAUAGGAUAUUGUUAGAGAGUGUCUCAUGAGGUGCAGUGAAAAGCAUGUUAAAGAAAUUGUUGUUUAACCAUGUUAGUGUAAACACAUCAAGGUGCACUUUUUCCUCGGAUCUUUCAACCGGAAACAGUUUAUCCAUUGUGAAGGUAUGCUUCUACGUUGUAUACUAUCCAGUUAGUGAACUUGGAAAUGUUAACCAAUUGACAGUGGACCAUUUCUUGGUGUAUUUUGUCUAAAAUCGGAUUUGGUUCCGUCAUAGCAGCAGAUUCAUCUUGUUCUACAAAUUUAUAGAAGGUUGGUUAUCAAAAUAUGGUGAAGUUAGUGAGCAAGUAGCCAACAUGAUUUGGUAUUAUAGUUUAGGUAGCUGCUUCUCAGUGUUUCUAAAUAUGGCAUGAGCAUCUUCAUUAAAUUUUUGGCCUUAUAAGGGUUUUCUUUUUGAGUGUGGAAUACUGGGAAUUCCUGGAACAAAAGAAAAUGAUUCUUAAUACACUUGGAUGGCAUGGACAAGGUAUUCUUUCGGUUCUUCCACUUGGUGCUAGAAUGUGUUAGCUAUAUUUUGCUGUGAGGUUGCAACUUACAAGGUUGUUUGGAGAAAUUUGUUAGGAUCAUUUGUAAGUAUUGGGAUGUCCUUCUAGAUCCCUAUGUUGAAUUUUAUUCUCAUAAUUUAUUUGGGAGAUUUUAGGAGAUGAAAGGAGCAUAGGGUGCUAUGAAGCUAUGCCUCUUUGCCAUAAUGAAGGUGCAUUUGAUUGGUUUUCUAUGCUUAUUUACAGAAUUUUGCACUUGGUUCAUAAAAAAAGUUUUCUGAUCAUAUUAUUAGAGUGGUUGAGCUGUUCUUAGCUUUCGUCUAAUUUUUAUUUUUUGGGACAUUUGGGCUUCUGUAUUUUAAAAAGUUUUCUCCCUUUUUUUGUUGUAAUCCUUCAACUAAAACACUCUUCUUCUUUCUUAAUCUGUAUAUUACAAUUUCUUUUUUACCAUAAAAUAAGAAAGAGACAGGAGAAGUAUUAGUAAUGUGAAACUUUAGUGAAGACAUUCUAUUGUUUGGUUC